CCAAACCAGUAGAGAGUGCGAGAGACUCAAUGGCGGAACUGUCAAGUCUAAUCCUUCAACUUCGAGAAAGAAUAUCUGCUUCAUCAUCAGCAGCAUCUUCUUCUUCACAAGCAGCAAAUAAUGGAGUUGAUGAUGAUGAUGAUCAAUUAGAGAAUAGAUUUCAUUCAGUUCUUCCUAAUCUUCUUUUCCAAACUUAUCUUCUUCCUUCAUCCACAGUUUUAAAGCUUUUAUCUCUGAAAUUACAUAAUAUCAUCAAGAAUUGCCCAGCGAUUUGUCGAGUUUUACCUUUCUUUGAUGAACCUGAAUUUAGACGAGCUUCAUUUCCUCAUACCAAGCGUGCUAUAAGUGGCAUGUCUCGACUGCGCAGAUGUUUCACAUCAAAAGUCUCCCCUGAAUAGUUUAAAGAAACCUGUGGAUCCCUGGUGAUUUACCUAAUGCACUUAUUUGCGUAUUUGAUUUGGAGACUAUUAACUAAUCUCGAAUGUGUGCAGCAUGUGCACAAAUUCUAGUAUGUAUUGCUCAAACGAUUGUGUUUCUUCUGUUAAGGGAAAACUAUUCGUACCCUUAAAGUAGUUUUUCUUCAAAUUCUUGUGAUGAUAUGUCUUCUGUAGUUCAGAAGUUUCACUGAUCAAAGCUUCAUAACAAGCCCCUGAUUCCUUGUUUACGGAUCUCCUAUACAUAGCAUCAAUAUUCACAGAUAGCUCCACUAUGACAGUGUCUCCUGUAGUAUACUUGAAGUGCUUUCAUAAGUCAUUUGUUGGAAUACCCAGUAGUCACCAUCCCCUUUUGGUGAUC